CAGGUGACAACAGACGCUCUUUGCACGUAAACGUCUUCUCGCUGCCCACGGAUACCGUCUAGAUGUCCUGGCCGGUCCCCCAAGCAUGACAGCACAGAUUCUGGCGGCAGAGCUAGGCACCCUCAUUCAAGACUCCAAGCGCAAGAACACGGAGCUUCGGAACGCCGCAGAAAAGGCACUGCAGGACCUCAAGUCGCUUGCCAACACUUCAGAGGCCCAGCUCUCCGCAGACUUAUCAAGACGGCCGCAUUUCAUCUCACCCUUUCUUAUUGCCUGCGCUACUCACAAUGCCAAGUUUGCAUCGACGGGAGUCUCGUGUCUUCAAAGACUCAGUGUUUCUCGAGCUCUGCCUAGGGAAAGGCUGAUAGAAGUACUAGACGCUUUCAAAGAGUCCAUAGCAUCAAGCCAUGACAUUCAACUGAAGAUACUGCAAUCUCUGCCAUCACUUCUUCAAAACUACCCUGUCGAGAUACGGGGUGAGCCACUGUCAACAGUAUUCCACAUCUGCUCUGGUCUCCAGAAUGCAAAGAACUUUGCCGUUAGCAAUACGGCAGCAGCCACUCUGCAACAGCUUGUAAUCACAGUCUUUGAUAGAGUUGUAUCAGAGGACGACAAAGCCUUGCAAAUUCCAGUCGUGACUGAGGUCGAAGGCGACGAUGGCCUUGUUCCAGUCAGGCCAGCUGCAGACGAUGCCUACAAGAUGUUCAACGAUCUUAAUCUGCUAAUCACUGGGGAGAAGCCAGUAUUCAUACGCUUUGCUCCGAUACCAGCAACCUCGACGCUUGAGUUAAUUGAGGCGAUACUGUCGAACCAUGGUCGGAUAAUGACUACGCACGCAGAACAGAUUUAUCUCCUUCGAUCUCUGUUGAUGCCAGUCAUCAUACGGUCUCUCUCUGAUCGUUUGUCUUUUCCAACCACCGUACGUGUCAUUCGAAUAUUGAAUCUGAUCAUCCGGAAUCACUUGGAAAUCUUGCCGUCUGAGUGUGAGAUUGCUCUCGGAUUGCUGAACCAUAUGCUCGAUCCGGAGGCCUCGCAGUUAUGGAAGAGAGCUCUUUGUCUUGAGAUGUUUCGCGGAAUUUACGCCGACUCGCGGCUUCUGUUAGCCAUCUACUCUCAUUUCGAUGCCACGGAGGGAAAGAAAUGUAUAUUCGGGGACAACUUGGCAGCUUUUGUACGCCUUGCCAUCGAGAAACCUGCUCUCAUUGGGCUUGGUCAACAAUCCACGAUGCCAACGAGGUUCGGGGAUAGCAAGGACAUAGUGUCUGAACAGGCUGCUGCCGAAGCAGGAGCACUAGCUGGUGUCAUUGGAGGCCCUGUGGGCGAAACCAGCAGUGGUAACCGUCCUUUCGGUAUUAGCACUCAGUGGAGCUCUCUGAAGACCCCUUGCAUGGAUCAUCUCGACAAAUCAGACCCGCCAGCCUUGCCUGACACCUACAUAUACAGCUUGGUGCUGACGUGCAUCACGAACAUAUCCGAAGCUUUGGCAAAGUUUGUUCUUCCUCUGACAGUUCAUCAUGAGACCAAAAGCAAGAAGAAGAAUAAAGCAGACGAUCACGAUACAGAUAUGGUCUCUUCAGACCUAAACAAUCAUUCACUGUCAAGAACGCAGUCUUUCCGCAAGAAAACCGUACCGGUGAAUCCACUCGAUCUCACAGAUCAUUCUGCAUACACAUAUGUGCAAACUUCAUCGACACUUGUAACUGAUUGCUGGCCUGCAGUACUCGCAACCUGCUCAACAUUCUUGAACGCGGCGCUUGAUACAGACUACUAUCGGGCUUUAGUUCGAGCCAUUCAGAAGUUCACUCAAGUCGCCGGUCUUCUCAGACUGUCAACACCCCGCGAUGCGUUUCUCACCACCCUGGGCAAAGCAGCGGUCCCAUCAAACAUGUUGCUCGCCAACGUCUCCUCCCCCAAGACAGCCGAACCAACCGGAAUGUUCUCCAAUGCAAAGGGCUUACUCAGUGUGGAUAGUCUCGUGAGUCAAGCAUCUUCUUCGACGCCGGAAAAGAAUCGACAAGAGAUGAACAUACCGGCUUUAGGCCCUCGCAAUCUACUAUGCUUACGAGCCCUCCUCAAUUUGGCGAUUGCGCUGGGUCCAACACUCCAAUCGGCGUGGUCCAUUAUAUUUGAGACAUUGCAAGUAGCUGAUCUGGUGAUGGCGCUAUCAAGUCAGAGUGGUGUCGGUGCACCAGGGAUGACUGCCAAUCGCGUCGAUUCGACUGGUUCAUCAGAGAAGAUGGACGCCGAGACUUCAGCUGUGCAGGCCGCAGCUCGAAGAUUAUUUGAAAGCACUGUAGACUUUCCAAAUGAGUCCUUCACAGAAGUGUUGCAAGCCCUGUGCGCACUCCUUCACUCUUUUACACCAGCAGAAAGUGGUCAGAGAACUCCUGUUACCUCUGGUCGACCGAAGCUUCACCAACGGAAACUGGGCAGUUUAUCCGGCAUUUCUCUCAAUACAAAAACUCACUCACGCGAUUCAGCUUUUGCGUUGAACAAAAUUGGCGAGCUUGCAGCUUUUAAUGAGGCCAGACUGUCACAAUUUGACCCUAUAGACAGUGGCUGGAAUGUCCUGGUUACCGAGAUCGUGCGCUGUUCUACCGACAACCGUGAAGCAACAUCCACGAGGUUAUUGGCCGCGGACAUUCUAUCGCGGACAGUUCGCAACAUUGCGGAGCUUUCCAUGUCCGAUGAGCAACGUGAAGAUAUACAGGCUCGUAUUCUUCGAGCACUGCAGAACCAGAUUUCGACUCUCCAUCGAAGUAACGACGACAAUGAUGAUGUCUUUAGUGAUACCGACAUUCGAGUUCACCAAAUAACUCUCGAAGCACUCAAGGGCGUGAUUGAGCAAUGCGGUGAAUCGUUAGUCGCUGGCUGGGGCUCCGUCUUUGAUAGUUUGAUGAGUGUCUUCUUCUUAGAAGAACCUUCUACCACGAGUGAGCACAAGAAGAAAGACGCUAUGACCGACAACCCUCACCUUCAACUCCGCAAAGUAGAGGUCAUCUCCAGAUCGCUUGCUCGAUCAGCGUUUGCAACAGUACAUCUAGUCUGUUCCGACUUCAUGGCGGCUGUGCCAGAUGCUCAUUUGUCAACACUCCUCGAGCUGCUACUUUGGUUCUGCAGUCAGCAAGAGGACCUGAACAUGUCGCUGACCGCAAUCACGUUCUUUUGGAAUGUCUCGGACUUCUUGCAGUCCCGCAGUGAUCUCUCUUCACUGCCGAAAAUACUUGGUGAUGUUGAGAAGCACGAGAAAGUCUACAAUGUGAUUGCGUCGCAGUCACGAGAAGGCUCGAUACCUGCGCUUUGGCUUCAAGUGUUGUUGAAUUUGUCAUCUAUCACAACCGACAAGCGCGCCGAACUUCGCAGUUCCGCAAUCCAAACUAUUCAAAGAAUCUUCGGUAACUAUUCUGAGCAACUCUCAUCAGAUGGGUGGAUGUUCUGCAUCCGAAUCGUAGUAUUCGGAACAGUGGAGGCCAAUCUACAAGUUCACGACGACGUGAGAGAUGCGCAUAGCACAGCGGGUGAUCUCCAGAGCUGGAACGAUACCACAAAAACUAUCCUACAGAGUGUGAGCGUCUUGAGCACAAUGUGCAUGGAAAAACUUGGCGACGCUUCAAAAUUCGGGGAGAUAUGGUCGGAUCUGCUUGACUACUUACAACGGUAUUUUCAAUGCGGUUCACACGCUCUUGGGACAUCCGUCUUUAUAACAAUAUCCGGGGUGUUGUCGCACUUAGACAAUGCGCAGAUGCUGGGUAUGCCUCCUCUUCUCAAGACUGCCCAGGUCUGGAAGCGCUAUUUCAAUUACCGCGAUACGUGGAAAGAUAGGCAAGAGGGAAACCAAGACGCAUACAUCGCUUAUGCAGAUGCAUUCAAGGCCAUCUACCGGCUAGCAGGUCAAGCCCUUGACGCGGACCUUCCUUCAAUGUUGUCAAAUCUCGAAGCUUGCAUUGUCGACUCCGACCAAGACAAUUAUUCAUCUGAUGUCGAGCACAUGACUACCCUACAAACCCGAGUCAUGGAAUGUCUAUCCAGCGUCCAAACAGAAAGUUCUGGUCUCCCGUCGUACCUAAUCAAGCUACUGGGCCGAUUCAGUGUUCUACCGUAUACAUCUCCGGUAGAGAACUCCGAGAAACGUAGACCGACCUUCGUCGCACUAUCAAAGGCCGCCAUGACAUUGCUACAGAAGACCACUAUCGAGCACGUUAACAAGAAGGAUGUCUUCGACAGCGGUGCUUUCUAUUCUGCAUUGAGUAGCUUAGCAAAACCGAUAGAAGAGAAGUACUCAUGGCAGCGCGAGGGUAAACCCCCGACAAUAUGGCAGAAAGCCACAACUGCAGCGAUAGCUAUCCUCGAUGUUGGACUACCGAAAUUGGAGGCCCACGAUCUCACGAGCGCCUCUCUCCAAGACAUUUGGAGUACACUGGUCAACAUCGCCCAUUUCAUCACACGAGCCCAGCUCGCGCCUGGUCAGAUUCCGCCAAUAUCUCUCGAAAAGGAUGAGACCUUCGACAUACAAUCUUUCAAGCAGCUCCGUGAUCUAAUCACCUUAUCUCUUGGCUCCGCCUCACUUGACGACGACCUCCGCCGAACCUACGCUCGCAAUCUCUUCUCUACAUCCCUCAUUCACUCGCCGUUUCCUGGCGAACUACCCGAUCUCCUCAGUGCGCCUCUCGAAGACCUCUACAAAAUCCGACUGGGACAGACAGCUAAGCUCGAGUCAACACUACGCAUUGAGAUGAAUUACGAAUGUUUAUCAGAGCUGUUUAGUCUAGUGGCCGUACAUGACAGCAGCGCUUCACGCGUCAAGCUCGCCCAAGCUGCAGCGCCGUACCUCAUACUACGUGCAGCGCUUCCGCUCAGGACGUACAUUGCAGACCAUCCCCUGCGCGGACGCAUGCCGGCACCGCAGUCACAGAGACAUGAGUUGCUGUUUGUGCUUGCAGAGCUGAGCAAGCUGAAGAGCGAACCGCAGGCGAUACCUGAUGCCCCGGGCGUGAAAUCGAAAUAUAGGAAGCACUUACAUAGGUUGUAUCCGUUGCUGCUGAAGGCUAUGCGGGUGACGAGGCAGGACCCCGAGGUAUUUGAGGAGCUGGCGAGACUCACAGAUUUAGUUGGAGAUGAAAGAGCGACAACAGCUCACCCUCCCAUCCCAUUUCCCGCCACCCCACUCGCGUGCACGCCCGCCACAAUGUCGUCGACAACCUACAUCCCCUUCUCCGAGCCGCCGUACAUCCUCGGCCUCCCGUCGCCUUACUACCAAGAAACCCACCUCAAGUGGCAGAAAGCAUGCCGCGCGUUUGUGGAGAAAUACCUGCUGGAAAAAGCGCUGGAGUGGGACACCGCCGAGACGGUGCCCGAGCAUGUGUUCGAGACGUUUGCGAAGCACGGCAUGUUGCUCCCCUCGCUGCCUGCGCCGCUGCCGGUCGAGUGGCUGAAGAAAUUGGGCAUUCAUGAUAUUCUCGGCGUGGUCAAGGUCGAGGACUGGGAUUACAUACAUACUAUGAUAUACGCGGAUGAGAUGGCCAGGACGGGCCUUGCGGGUCCAUCCGGAUCCCUCACAACAGGAAUCUCCUUUGGCGUGCCCCCGCUCGUCAAAUACGGGAACGCGCAGCUGCAGGAGCGCUUCCUCCCCGAACUGCUUACGGGCAAGAAACGCACUUGCAUUGCUAUUACGGAGCCGGAAGCCGGGUCGGAUGUUGCGAAUAUUACGACCACGGCGGAGAAGACGGCGGAUGGCAAGCACUAUAUUGUCAAUGGCACGAAGAAGUGGAUUACAACUGGUAUUUGGUCUGAGUACGCGACUAUGGCUGUUCGUACUGGGGGCCCAGGGCCUACGGGACUCAGCCUGUUGGUUGUGCCGCUGAAGGGGUAUCCGGGGGUCAGCAUGCGACGACUGAAGGUUGGUGGGCAGGUUAGCGCUGGGACGACAUUCAUUGAGUUGGAUGAUGUGAAGGUUCCAGUGGAGAACCUCGUCGGGGAGGAGGGCAUGGGGAUGAAGUACAUCAUGACCAACUUCAACCACGAACGUCUCUCCAUCGCUAUUGGAGCUACACGACAAGCCCGUGUUGCCCUCUCCGCGGCCAUGGAAUAUGUUAUGAAACGCGAAGCCUUCUCCAAACCACUCAUCGACCAACCCGUCGUGCGCCACCGCCUCGCAAAAGCAGGCGCCCUGCUCGAAAGCCAAUGGGCCUGGGUCGAGCAAUUCGUAUACCAGAUGGUCAAGCUGCCCAAGGCCACUGCAGACAUCGAGCUCGGCGGCCUGACAGCCAUGGCAAAAGCGCAAGCAGGUAUUGUGUUGAACGAGUGUGCACAGUGCGCGCAAUUGCUAUUUGGCGGGAACGGGUAUACAAAGAGUGGGCAGGGAGAGCUGGUUGAGAGGAUUUAUCGCGAGGUUCCUGGCAUGAGGAUACCCGGUGGGAGUGAGGAUGUGCUGCUCGAUCUGGGGGUUAGGCAGUUGGUCAAGAAUUUCAAGAAUAAGACAAAGGCUAUGGAGAGGCCGCAGGGGUCGUCGAAACUUUGAGUGGAUCGUAGUAUAUGAUGGUGGAGGGGUGCUUGGAUAACUGAUGUAUGGGCUUUGAGCAUUGGCAGUUGUCAUCAGUUGAUGGGAUGGGUGUUUUCUCAGAAAGAGAUCAGAUGGCCUGCAAUGGUACCACAAUGUCCUCUCUGUACCCUUGCCCAUGUUUUCUGCUUGCAUGUUCAGACAGACGUCAUCCAGCACCGAAAUGUCGCCAAUGUACAUCUACCUACCUAACAUGUGCCAGUGCCAUAGCAGCCACCACGUGUGCCACUCUCAACCCAGCAAACCACCAAUCAGGACGAG